GCCCGAAAGGAAAGAAUACCAAAGAAAAUUGGUGGCUCGCAAAAGGGCUGAACAAAAAAAGCCCAAAACCAAAGAACCAGUUAUUAAUUCCGAGAGUAGACAUGGCAAAUACCUCGACCCCAAUUACGGGAAAAAGUGGAUGGCUCAAAAAAGAGCCCGAGAUGAAGGUUUAACUAAUGCUUGGUCAAUAACAGACGAGUUCGAUCCACAAAGUUCUGAUUACUUACGAGCUCGAGCUUCAAUUACCAACUUAGAAAAAAUCCGCAGUCAAGGCCAAGAAUUUCCCUUGGCUCGCCCGGCCCAUAUUUACUUAGAAAUUGCCCCUGCCAAGAAUUACUAUCUCCGGGUUUAUUACCAAGAGAAACGAGGUGAUGAACUUCGCCGUUAUCAGUCUUAUUUCACUUGUAAGGGAAACCAUCCAGUUAAUCUUCGUUUCUAUCCUUUUCACGCCGCUAAGAAGAAAAGAAAGCCCACUCUCGCAUUAGAAACUCAAUUUCUUCAAA